AUGUUUAAGAAAUUCGGCAAAGCAGAGAUCCAUUCUCGCUCCAACAUCAAGUCAUCUGCACAAAGAGGCUUGAAGUCCAACUUUGCAUCGCAAUACCCCGACAUUGAGCCCAUUGUCGAUGCGAUCAUUCCUAAGAAGUCGCAGGCCAUUUUGAUCAAAUGUGAGGACAAAAUCCUGUUGUACUCUGUAGAAAAUGAGGUGGUUGUUUUCCAGACCUUUGACGAUAUCGUUCCUACGUUGAAAACCGUCCAUAAAUACCCAGACUGCUUCCAGAAGGUCCAGGUGGACAGAGGUGCUAUCAAAUUCGUUCUUUCGGGUGCCAACGUGAUGUGUCCUGGUUUGACCUCUGCCGGAGCAAAGUUGCCCGACGAGAAUAUCGAGAAGGACUCGAUUGUGACCAUUUACGCGGAAGGUAAAGAGAAUGCUUUGGCUGUAGGUAGAUUGACCAUGAGCACGGAUGACAUCAAGGCCAAAAACAAGGGCAUUGGCAUUGAGUUGUUGCAUUAUUUGGGUGACGGUUUGUGGCUCCACAGCGAGAGCGCAUAA